AGUUAUUGAAAAUAUAUGAUGUCGUUAAAAUAAUGUCUCUCAACCAACUUUUUGUUCCAUUGAAACCUGGUGAAACAAAAAUAAUUUACUUCGUGAAAAAUGAAGAUUUAUUCGAUAUUAUCCAUGAUGCCCAUAUCAAAACAGGCCACGGAGGACGAACCCGUGUAAUUAGUGAAUUACAAACAAAAUAUAAAAAUAUAACAUAUAAAUCAGUUACAUUAUUUUUGAGCUUGUGUGUUCAAUGUCAAAGGAAACAAAAAGUCCCGAGAAAAGGGAUCGUCGUAAAGCCCAUUAUAAGUCGUGAACUCAACUCUCGAUGCCAAGUUGAUUUAGUCGAUAUGCAAACGUGUAAAGAUGGUGAGUACAAAUUUAUUCUCAAUUAUCAUUACCAUCUCACUAAAUUUAUACAGCUUAGACCAUUGAAGAGCAAGACAGCAGAGGAAGUAGCCCUCAUGUUGCUGCCAAUUUUCCUCACUUUUGGUGCACCAAAUAUUCUGCAUUCAGAUAAUGGGAGAGAGUUUUCCAACAAAAUUAUUAUGGAUUUGUGCUCAAGAUGGGAGGGUGUAAAAAUUGUUCACGGUAAACCCCGUCAUAGUCAAUGUCAAGGUUCUAUCGAAAGAGCCAAUCAGGAUUUUCAAAAUAUACUCAGGGCCAUGAUGCAUGAUAAGAAUACAACAAAAUGGUCAGAGGCUUUGCCAUUUGUUCAAUUCGCAAAAAACACUGCAUAUCAUCAAGGAAUAAAACAGACACCGUAUGAGGCAAUGUUUGGUAACGUUGCUAAAAGGGGUCUGGCAACAAGUUCGUUGCCACGAGAGCAGAUAAAAGACAUUGAGACCGAAGAGCAGCUUGAACAAAUUAUACAGUCAAUUGAUGAUGAUAACACUGAGCAAGUGGAACAACAUGACAAUCAUAUACAACAGCUUGAACAAAUUUUACAGUCAUUGAUGAUGAUAACACUGAGCAAGUAGGACAACAUGACAAUGAUAUACAACCAGAAAGUGUAUUAGCUAAUGACAUCCAAUAUAAUAACACUGAGCAGGUGGAACAUAAUUUUGUGCAAAGUGAAGUAGAUAAUGAAUUAAAAAAAAAAAAAA